UAUAUGGCACAAAACACAAAAGCUCGUUACUUACACCCCGUUGUUCCUUCCAAUAACGCAAGACAACAACUGACCAGUCAAUUAGCAGCGACCACAGCUAAUGAUACUCCUUUAGACGAACAGGCAGCCACAAUUUUGAAA